AUGGUGCAAACACAGAAUUCACAGCCUGAUGAAUUAACCACGCCCUUAAUUACACAGGCGCAGCCGCAGGAAGAUCGUUUGACAAAUGAUGGUCUGAUUCCUCAGAUAUUUUCAUCUGUGCCGGCUCUGAGUGAUGCUGCUUCUUAUCUUUCACAGACAACAUCAUUCUUAGCUGGUUGUUUCUCUGACUAUUCAGUAGAACAUUCCCCAAGACAGUCUGGUGCUUCUGACAUUCAUGCACAAGAACUCGUGGCUUUUUCUUCCCCAGAAACUGAGGCAUCUUCAUCUACUGAUAUAAAUCAUAUCAAUUCAAAUGGAAAAAAUUUAACAAGUAUUGAAUCAUCUUGCACUUCAACUUCUACACCUCUACUUACGCAUGGCGAAAACACAAGGAUUUCUGGCAGAGAUCCGUUACAAAAUGCCAGUACCAGCACACUUGUUGAAUCAAAUAAUACUGGGCGAAGUGGCAUUUCCAUUUUCCGAAGCCUGAUUGAUCGCGCUCGAAGAACUGUCCGUGGAUCUGCAGAUGAUAUAGGAUGGCUUCAACAUGCUCAAGGAAUGCCCCCAGUUGAAGAUGGAACAGAGAGGUUCCAGGAAAUUCUUGACAGCAUCAAGCACGGUGUUCAUCGGUUACCAAAUUCAAUGGUUUAUUUAUUAAUUCCAGGUCUUUUCAGUAACCAUGGUCCACUUUACUUUGUGAGUACGAAAGUCAGUUUUUCAAAAUUGGGUUUGGCCUGUCAUAUUGCAAAGAUUCAUAGCGAGGCUUCAGUUGAGAAAAAUGCCAGAGAGAUAAAAGAGUAUGUUGAGGAAAUUUAUUGGGGUUCAAAUAAACGUGUUUUGCUUCUCGGACAUAGCAAGGGAGGAGUAGAUGCAGCAGCUGCUUUAUCACUGUACUGGCCUGAAUUGAAAGAUAAAGUUGCUGGGUUGGUAUUAGCACAAAGUCCAUAUGGUGGUACUCCUAUAGCUUCAGAUCUUCUGCGAGAAGGACAGCUUGGUGAUUAUGUGAAUGUACGGAAACUCACUGAGAUUCUUAUCUGUAAAAUUAUUAAGGGAGACAUGCGAGCCUUAGAAGACUUGACAUAUGAAAGGCGGAGAGAAUUUUUAGAGAAGCAUCAUCUGCCAGAAGAAGUCCCCGUUGUUUCCUUCCACACUGAAGCUGGCAUUUCACCUGCUGUUUUAGCUACAUUAUCUCAUGUUGCUCACGCCGAACUACCCCUAGUUGCUUCAGCUGGUGAAAGUACAAAACUCCCCGUGGUGAUGCCCCUAGGUGCUGCUAUGGCUGCUUGUGCACAGUUACUGCAGGUGAGGUAUGGCGAGAAGAGCGACGGGCUUGUAACUUGCAGAGAUGCAGAAGUUCCUGGAUCUAUUGUGGUGCGACCUAAAAGAAAACUGGACCAUGCUUGGAUGGUUUAUUCGUCGCUAAAUGAUGAUCUUACUGAAGGCAAUGCGUCGCAGGUUUGUGAAGCUCUCUUAACUCUACUCGUGGAAGUCGGGCAGAAAAAGAGACACGAGCUUGCAAUGAAAGACGAAUGA